AUGCGAGGAUUGCUUUGGUCCUUGGCCCGGUUGCAAAGCGAUCACAGAUCCGAAACCCCGCGUCUCCGCCUGCGCCAAUCGCUAUUGGCGAGGCCGCGGAAGAAAGACAAGAUCUUUGUGACUCAUGAUGAAGCGGAGAAGAUCCUCAGAUUGACCGACCUCACCAAACGCAGCAAUGAGGCUCUGGAUGGCAUGACUGAGAUUUUCAUGUCGAUUGGUGACUCCACACGCAUUUCUAUCAUUCAUGGACUCGGAGAUUAA